AGUAUGUCCGGGGAUGUACUUAGCUGAUCGACUAGCUUUCCACCUGAUGGUUGCGACUAUCUCCAUGUUCAAGGCUGCCCGAGGGCUAACUAAAUGCCACAGGCAACCUAUUGGUUUCGAGUGCCGGUUCAUUCCUCGAGACGACAAGGCAAAAGAGAUGCAUCAUUUCCCGACCAUCUCCGACCAUCUAUCUUCAAAUUCACAGGUAACAGGAAACGAAAGCUCACAACCUCCGGAUCAAGUCACCCCGUCGACGGCUCCAUUAGUGACCAUCACAAGCUACUGUCAACAUCGUAAAGUCUUGGCACUCAGGUACGGACCUGUCAACAGCGAUUUCCCGGCUAACGGAGACGGAGACAACAUCACAAUUGCCGUCGAUAGCACAUGUCUUUCUAUAUAA